GCUCAUGUCCCAGGUAAAGGCGCUUGGUUGCUUUUUUCACCAGCUUGACUUCUCGACUGUUUGCUCGGCAUCCCAUAGAUGGAUGGUGUUAGGUUGACCACGAGGUGAUCCUCUGCGGCUCGAACGGCAGGGGAUCGUGAUGACUAGAAGCCCUCCGUCCUAUGUGACGGUCAGAUCAGUGCCAAUCACGUCAGAUAUAGACUAUAUAAACAUGAGUUGUGUCCAGACGAUCGACCUGUCCACUGCCUCAUUGGCAACAGUGUAGUGUCAAACAUCUUCAUAUCAGCCAAAAUGCGUUCCUCUACCGUCCUCUUGACUCUUGCUGCCUCGUUCCUGGAACUCGCGUCCGGUCAUGGUUUUAUUAACGGAGUCCGGGUCAAUGGUGGUACCUGGGUUCCCGGGGCCGAUCCAGUCUGGUACUACUACACGGCCGGCACGUCACCAAAGACUGUUGGAUGGAAUUCUUUGAACCAAGACCUUGGCUUCGUGCAGCCAUCAGCUUUUGGCACCAGCGACAUUGCUUGCCACAAGAGUGCGACAGCUGGCCAGCUGUACAUCAGCGCCAACGCCGGAGACACUCUUUCUCUUACUUGGAACACUUGGCCCAGUGAUUCACACAAGGGACCCCUCAUCAAUUACCUUGCCCAAUGCAGUGGUGAAUGCACCUCGGCCUCCGCCUCGGCCCUCACCUGGACCAAGAUCGCCGAGAACGGCUACAACUCCGGCACUUGGGCAACCGACCCGCUACCCACCAGCAACUACACGUCAACGGUCAAGAUCCCCUCGAAGCUCAAGGCGGGCAACUACGUGCUCCGUCACGAAAUCAUCGCCCUACACGGCGCCGGUUCCGACAACGGAGCCCAGAACUACCCACAGUGUCUCAACAUCAAGGUCGGUGGAAGCGGCACCGUCAGCCUGCCCACCGGUACUGCUGGCACCAGCCUUUACACAAGAACCGAUCCCGGUAUUCUGUUCAAUUUGUAUACCACCUUCACGAGCUACACGAUUCCCGGGCCCGCUUUGUGGACUGGGGCAAACUAA